UUAGAGCAGGGCCAGAGCUAGCGUUCACAGUGGUUCUAGAACUGUGCUGUUUAACACUACUCGUAUUUCAAGUUAUUUAUGUGACGGUAUAUGGAGACAGUUUAUUGGUGGGAGAGAGAUACAGCUGACGGACAGGGAUUCGGUCCGGUCAGAAUGUUACAGGCUGUCUCUGCAAGCGACCCUCUUUCAUACGGAACUACACAGGAUAUGGGUAAAGGGUUGCGUCGCACUAGGAAAGGGAAGAAAGAGAGGAUGCAUUCGAGUAAACAAAGACGUCACAGGGCGGAAGGCCCACGGAAUGUCGCAUCCGCUAUUGUGCUGGGCGGAAGGUUUGUUUCCAAUAAUGAGCAAAAAUCUGAAGAUAGUGACUGUUGGAGAUGGAGGCGUGGGCAAGACUUCUCUGCUGGUGGCCUACACACAGGGAUCGUUUUCCGAUGUACACGAACCGACUGUCUUCGAAAACUACAGCGGCGAGAUGGUAUUCGACGGGACGCACUACAAUUUCACGCUGUGGGACACGGCCGGCCAGGAACACUACGACCGCUGCCGAGUCCUCUGCUACCCCGAGACGCGUUCUUGGUGUGCUUCAGCGUGGUAAACAAAGCAUCUUUCAGCAACGUUCAGUCGUCUUGGCUGCCGGAAAUCAGGCGGGAGUGUGGAGAUAAGGUGCCAGCUGUGCUCGUGGGCACGAAAAUCGACCUGCGGAAGAACGCCCAGUCGACCUCGUCCGUGUCGAGGCGCGAGGGGCGUCGCCUCGCCGCUCGACUCGGCAUGAGCAACUACGUCGAGUGCUCGGCCAAGACCGGCCAGGGCUGCCAGCAGGCGUUCAGAAGUGCCAUCCAGGCGACGACAGCCAAACCGACCUGCAUCCUACUCUGAUGUGACGUGGACAUGCGUUAACAUUUGGAUUAUGUUUAAUCACUCUCUACGAAAGAGUUUGUGUUGAUAUAUUUAUAUGUUAAUUUCUUAAAGUAAUGAAAUAAAGUAUCACUUGAAUUAUAA